GAUAUUUGGUUACAUGCUUUAGACUUAGCUAUGCCAAAAAAUAAUACAGAUGAAGCAAUUGUGGCAGCCAGUUCUCAUGUUUCACAAUUUCGUAGAGAGUUAGCAGAAGCUGGGGUGCGAUUACCCAAUCUACCUAAAACUUCCAAACACUUUUCCUUAGAGGAAAGACUUAGAAGAAUUCAAAAUAUCAAUACUACUAAAAUUGCUACUAUGCAAGAUCUUGCAGAUAAUCCAGAAUGUGCAAAAGAAUUACUUAUCUGGAUCCAAGAUGCAAUAACAACUAGAAAGUUAUGCAAUCCUGUCUAUAGUAUUAAUGAAAAACAUAGUACAGGAGUAUUUAGUAAAUUUUUAAAAUUAUAUGGUAUUACAGUCAAAAGAUUAAGAAAAAUUGGAGGUAAACAUGCUUCUAGAGUUCAUAGUGGUCAAAAUUUAACUUUACAACAUCUUGAAUUCCUUAGCAGAGUUGCAAUGAGAUAUAAAAUAGAUUAUCAUAAUUCUGGAAUGUAUUAUGCUGAGGGUGAUACUUCUGAUUCUGACCUUGACGCAGAUCCAGAACCUAAACCUGAAGCCCUAGCUCCUAUACUCAAGGCAAUUAAUGAGAAUACUUCUGAAAUUGAGGAUAUCUAUGACUUAUAUAAAAGUAUUUAG